CUCCUGCUGUCAGCGGACCGGCUGGAGACACUCCGACAAAUGCCUAUUUGUUUUACCGCGUCUUUGCAUAGCCUAUAUACAUUUUUGACAGCUUUUCUUUAACUAGCCCAAACAUGCUCAGACUUCAUCAGCAGGUUGUUCAAAGUGCAUGAAACGGACUAUGAGGGAUGCAACUGCAUUGCCACGAAAGUUUGAUAUGGUGUAAAUCCUCCCGUUCAAAUGAGGACACUUUACGAGCAGCAUUUCUGGAUAAUGGACAUAUUUAAACAGGAACGACAUCAAGGACUUUGUUUGUAGCUCGAGCAGACACAGAGAAGAGCUGCUCCUGGAUGCGCGUAGGUUAACUCUGCUGUCAAGUUUUUCGUAAAGGAAGGAUUUAAUGCAAACAUUAUUGCAUUAAUAGCUCGUGUGUGAGAUGUGCGGGAUGCAGUGAGCCGCAGGGGUGAACUGAUGCGCGCCACCGAUGUCCGCCGCCGAACAGGAACUCAUCUGUACCCCUCAACAGCCCAGUCUUGACCUUCCAGAUUUCAAACAGUGAGGCAAGAGCACUUUAUUUCUGAGCCACAUCAAACCACACAGCUGCUUGCUUCAGCAUCUUAGUGGACUCAUGGGUACCGUACUGUCCCUCUCGCCGGGUCCUCGAAAACCUGGUUAUUAUGACGACCGGCCUGGUUCUCUAAGCCAUUACCCAAGCCUGAGCAGCCGCUCACUGAACACUCAAAAGGACCGUAGCCUCAAACGUGGCCACUCCAUCUUUCUCCCCGCACUCACCUGGAAACGCCUAGUGGCCUCCACCAAGAAGCGGGGAGAGUCCAAAAAAGCUUAUCCUGGAGGUCAAGGGGCCGUCGGGGCUCCUCUCAACAACAACAACAUCUACCAGAAGGAUCCGGUCUUGCACCUCAACCGUGAAAAUGUGAAGAAGUCUCUCUCUUGCGCCAACCUCACUAGCUACGAUGGUCCAGCCGGUCUGGGCCUGGGCGUAGGGAUGGGUGUGGGAUACGGCAAACCGCAGCAGAUUUCCUCUGUUAAGAAGAUCCCGCCGACAUGCACCUCCUCGCCCAAGCGCGUGAUCGUCCAGGCCUCAACUAGCGAGCUGCUCCGCUGCCUGGGAGAAUUUCUGUGCGGCCGCUGCUAUCGGCUCAAGCACCUUUCUCCCGCCGAUCCGGUCCUGUGGCUGCGCGCCGUGGACCGCUCAUUGUUGCUCCAGGGCUGGCAGGACCAGGCCUUCGUGACGCCAGCCAACGUGGUGUUUGUGUACAUGCUGUGCCGAGAUGUGGUGGAUGGCGACGUGGUGUCUUCAGAGCAUGAGCUCCAAGCAAUUCUCCUAACUUGCCUGUACCUCUCGUACUCCUACAUGGGGAACGAGAUCUCGUACCCGCUCAAGCCCUUCCUGGUGGAGGCGGCCAAAGAAGCAUUCUGGGACCGCUGUCUGGCCAUUAUCGACAUCACCAGUGCCAAGAUGCUGCGCAUCAACGCAGACCCGCAUUUCUUCACGCAGGUCUUCGCCGAUCUGAAGAGCGAAGGAGGUUGCGCUUUGCAGGACUACGCUAGAGUUCUGGAUCGGUGAAAAGAGGACGAAGCAGAUUUUCUCUGCAAAAGUGACACUGUCAACCUCUCACACCUCCAUUCCAUCAUUCUGGCCCCCCACAUGCCUUGUCAUGAGUCAACAUAUUCCUUCUGAAAAGAUCAGCUUACACCUGUGGGAAUGUCCAGGCUGGUGUAUGCUGGUUCGGUGCUGGUCUAACUGUUGAACUACACAGUCUUUUUGGUGGUUAUACUAGUUAAGAAUCAUGCUGAUGACCAUCUGUGAUGGUCUUUUCAGCAGGAGAAGAAAGUAUAGUAAGCUUCUGGAUGCAGAAACAGCAUAAAAGUAAAUAUACGCUCCUAAAAAUCUUCUUUAUUGGAAUUAUUGGUUCUAUGAAGAGCCUUUAACAUCCACUUCCACAAAAGGUUCUUUAUUGUAAAAUAAGGUUCUUUUGAUUUGUAAAAUGUUCUUCAUUCUAAGGAUUAAUGUUCCUUUAAGGAACUGUUUGCUGAAAGGUUCUUUGAGGAACCAAACAUGGUUCUUCUAUGAUAAGGGUGUCCAUUCCUGCUCCUGGAGGGCCAAGAUUAGCUCCAUCCAGCUCCGGCACACUUGACUUGAUUAGCUGUUUCAGGUGUGUUUAUUUAGGGUUGGAGCUAAACUAGGCCUAAACUAAACUAAGCCCUCCAGAAACAAGUUUGGACACCCUAGCAUUGUUGUAAAAACACCCUUUAGGAACCUUUUUUAAGAGUGUGUAGUGGAUAAAGGUUCUUCAGAUUAUAAAAAAAGUUCUUCAUACUAAGGAAAGAUUCUUUGUUAAACCCAAAAUGCUUCUUCUGUCAUGUCACUACAAAAACUUCCUUUGGAGGUCUCUUUUGGAUACUUUAUUUUUUUAAAUUGUACAUAAAGAGCAUUCCCAGUCUUAAAAAUUAAAUUUGUGACCCUGGACCACAAAACCAGUCUUAAGUAGCCAAAAAUACAUUGUAUGGGUCAGAAUUAUCAAUUUUUCUUUUAUGCCAAAAUUCAUUAGGAUAUUAAGUAAAGAUCAUGUUCUAUGAAGAUAUUUUGUAAAUGUCCUACCGUAAAUAUAUCAAAACUUAGUUUCUGAUUAGUAAUAUGCAUUGCUAAAAACUUCAUUUGGACAACUUUAAAGGUGAUUUUUUCAACAUGUUGAUGUUUUUGAUUUUCAAACAGUUGUAUCUCGGCCAACUAUUGUCGUAUCCUAACAAACCAUACAUCAGUGGAACUUCAUUUAUUCAGCUUUCAGAUUAAGUGUAAAUCUUAAUUUAAAAAAAUGGACCCUUACAACUGGUUUUGUGGUCUAGAGUCACAUAUAGCCAUAAUUUAGGGAUGAAUGUCGAAAAGAAGGAACAAAUUGUCCGUCUUGUUAUUUACACUGUUGUCAAACCAGCCUGUUUCAAAAGUACUUAUGAUUCCUUUACCAAACAUUUCAGUUCCUCUACCUUUUCGACAUCUGGUCUGAGAGAAACUGCAACAGAAACCAUCCAACAAAGAGCAUUUUAGUAGGAGUGCAUCUGAGUGAUGGACAGCAAACAGUGAGCGUCAACAGCUGUUGGUUAUCAUGUUGUCCUUCCUUUAUUUCAUGUGCUGGACGCUAGGGCACCAGCUGCAAUGGCAUUAACAAGAUUAACAGAUUAGUGUCACACACACACAUGCACAGUUCUCAAUGCUUCUGCUUUCUAUCAAGCUCUGUAGGUUGAAUGGCUAAUCCAUGUAGGCCAUAUACACUAGUAUAUGUCCUGUCCAUGUCUUGACAUCUGUGUAGCAACAGAAUGUCAUUGAAAAUUUGUGUCAAGUUUAUAAGAAUGCAUCCUUUCCCUUUAGAGUGUGAAGGAAACGAACAAAGAGGCCUAGAUUCUCUAGUGCGGUCACAUUACUGCUGCUGACUUGUGUCUACAUCUAGUGUGGCUAACGCUGAUGUAAAUGUUAGUUUCUUUAAGACAUCAGAUUUAUGUGCUCAAAAUUGACAAUUUAUUGACUUUUCCUAACACACACUAAAAGUGCUGUUUUGUGUGAUUAAUCAAGUCCAAAAAAACAUAAACGUCCAUCAAAACCUGCUCUGUAACCUCUUGCAAAAAUGACAAAGUGAAUAAUAGAUAAAACACGCAAACUGACAGUCACGCAUGCACAUGCAGAUUCAACAGAUGCCCUCCUCUCUGGGUCAGGGUUUCAGGUGUCAGCACUCAGAUAGACGAGCAAGGACGGCAGCAUGUGGCACGGCAAGCACUCGUUAAUCUCAUUGUGGCGUUUUAAGGCAGGGCCAUGGGCGCCAUACUCCGGCUCCCCCGCAAAAGCCGACUUUAAACGCAUACUUCAGCCCACACAUGCUCUUGUAUGUGAGCACACAUGCUCGCUCAAACGACCUGUAAGUACUACACAUACAUUUUCAGGCUAGUAAUCGUGAAUGCACUGAUAUGCACGUGCAUAUGCAUGCACCUUCUCCCACACGCUGAAGCGAUAAUCCGCUUUUGAUCCUUGCCAGCAAUUGGGUAGAGUGAGCUGAAAAUGCCACAACAACAAAAUGCCACUCAGAUCAGAGAUUUCUCUUGCUGAAACUAGCAGAAAAAGCACAUCUUGUGUUUUGACUGCGCACUACACAGAUCUUACGUAACAAACACAGCAAAACAGAACUGUGAGCUUUAAACAAGUACUUGCUUAAAUAGUUUUUUAGAAAAUAAUUGUGAGGGAUUGAAGGAAAAACCAAGGUUUCACUUAUAGCAUUUACCCUUGUGAAAAAGAAGUGUGCUUAAUUGUAUUGCAUGUGCACUUGUAGUGUAUUUCAAAUGUUAAAAGUAUGUUUUUUGAACAUACUUAAUAUAAAAUGCCACUUAAGUAUACUUAUAUAGACACUUUCAUGACUGUUUUUAAACACAUUUAAGUGUUAAAUUAAAAAAUCAUGUUUUAAUAAAAUUUUGUCAUGCUUUAAAAAGUACACUUAUUUUAAUGUUUAACUAACAUACUAAAGCACAUGGAAAGUACUUGAUUAUACACUGUAAAAAAGUAGUUUCAACUUCAUAUAAUUUGUUACCCCACUGCCUUAAAUUUUUUAGUUUAGACAACUAAAAUAUUCCAGUUUCACUUAAAUUAACAUUAAGUAACUUAAAAUUUCAAGUUGACGAAACUAAAAAAAUUAAGGCAGUGGGGUAACAAAUUAUAUUAAGUUGAAAUAACUUGUUUACAGUGUAUAUUUAACUGUAGUCUGUUAUAAUGUUGUCUGUAUAAUGUACUGCAAAAUGUGCUGACAAGCAUUUAUGAAACUCAUGUUUCUGAAUAUAAUUUUUAUAUUAUUAAACUAUAAUACAGUUUAAUUUAGUAUUACGAAGUUUACUUAUUUUUCACAAGGGUACACUGUAAAAAAACAACUUAAAAAAAAAGUUGUCUCAACUUAAAAAAGUGAGUGUUCGUGCUGCCUUAAUUUUAGGUUUACUCAACUUAGAUAUCCACGUUUUCAUGUAGUACUAUUUUUAACUAUUUUUCAUGUUGACUAAACUUACAUUUUUAAGGCAGCACGAACACUUACUUUUUUAAGUUAAAACAACUUUUUUUUUAAGUUUGUUUUUUUACAUUGUAGAGACUCCAUGAAAUCCAGAUUACACUGGCUUUUAGUCCAUGUUUGUUAGCUCAAAAACUGAUAAAGUAGCUUUUAGCAGAUAUGCAAAUUUAAAAAUCACAGUCUUUCUCUUCCAAGAAAGCAAAAAAUAAAUAUUGAUGACUCACUCCGUCAUUUUUCCCUCAAUCUAAUGUGCUUUAGAAUGAGAAAGUCCCUGCUAAACCACAUACUUUUGACUAGCAAUAACAAGUUGUGAUCUAAACCAAAUGCCAUCCCCAGGUGAACUUUUUUUGAACAUUUUAAAAUAAGCCCAAGUACACUUAGAGUUGUUUUCCUCAAUUUGUUACCAUGCUUAAUUUGUGACCCCAGCACAGGCUGCUUUGUACUCAGUACUUUUCCCGUGGUAAACAGCAGGGAAGAUGCAGUUGCAUAAAGGAAGUACCUAUAAAGAGAGUCGGUGUCUACAGCUCUCCAUUUCAGCCUCUAGUCGUUUCCAUUUCAGCCUCAAGGGAGGAUGUUAUUUACAGGAACUUGUGGCUACAGACAAGCGAUUGGCAUACUAUAGGGUGUAAAUAUCCCUCCUGAUCCGCUAUGAUUCCCCCAUCCCGCUCGCCUUUCACAAACACAUCACUUGUUGUCCUCGCCUCGGUUAAAGUGAUUUAGUUUGCCCUUAUUGUGUACAGAGAGAGCUGACAGAGCGCCGUUGUUGCAUAGAUAGCGUGCGCGGCCUCAGCAAUGGGCUUGUGCGGCGUUUCUAUCUAGGACUGUUUGCACUCACACCUCCUGUCUGGCUCGCCAAUUAUUCGCCACCGCUGGAACUGUUUCUUCUUUGUUUUUCACCCAUGUGUACUGAAGCUCUGGGAUUUCUCUGGAAUAUUUGCUGCCUUCAGGUCCUUGGGAACUUAGUUUACAAAUUGUGUUUAUGACAUGAUGUACGUUCCAGUGAUUUCGGUUGGAAUGAAAUUGAUUAAUUGGGCAAUUUUCAUGUUUUUAUACUUCCUGACAGUAUAAAGGAAGUGUAAGGUGUGUAACUCAUUUGCUUUAUCACUAAUCCCCAUCAAUUUAUACAAAAUAUAUGCAAACUAAAUUGUAUACAGCUUAUAUAUUAUAAAUACACACAUGAUUCUUUCAUUGACACAGUCUGUAUUCAGAAAGCAAGGGUUUUUACUUAUAAUUAUGACAUUGUAGUGGCAUUCAUGAGAUUAUCUCAUAAAUAUGAGAUGUUUUGAAGGCAGCAAGUAUUCUAGUUUCCAUACUUGUGAUGAAUGGUGAUGAAUAUUUCAGAUGUGAAACAUUUGUGCCUUGAUCUGGAUAUAAACCGCCUCCCUAAAUGUUAGCGAUUUUGAAUAUCGCUUUGAUUAUGACACAUAAAGCAACCCAAGGAAAGCCAUGACUCGAAAAAGGAUUGAUUAUAGAGACUUUGAUUUACUCAGGCUAGAAUAAUCAUAACUCAUGAGCCAUUUUCCACUGCCAUCGAUGCUACUGUUUUGAUCAUUUCUUCUGUUGCCAGUCAAUCAAUGGACCUGAAACCAUGUGCAAACUCUUUUGAAGGAUGCGCUUGCACAAGCGUCCAUGUUACAACUCAAACGCUUCAUCGAUUGCUGUACGUGGAGAUUUUUAAUGUGACAAAACAAGCACACAGAGACCUCAAAACCCUAUGGAUUUUCCAACGAAGCAGACUGGCAUGUGAAUUUCAAGUUUUAGACUACUGAAUAAAAGACACUACAAGUUGUAGAUGGACACUCAGGAACUGGAUGUUAAGUAUAUUCUAUCGUACACUGCAGUUGCUCUAUGAGUUACGGCUACUAAGAUUUAUCAAUGUUUUCAAUGCUGCUAAAUGUAUGUAGAAUACAAAAGGAACGCCAUGUAGAGUCUGGAUACCGACACAUAUCCAGUGUGGUGUAAAUAUGUUGCUUGUAUCAAUAUGAAAUUACUGAAAAAAUGCAUGUAUAUCAUUCAGGAAUUGCUACUGUGGCGGUGUACAUGUCAACUUGACACUUUUUUUUAAGUUAAUUGUGUUUUUUUAGUUUGUAUUUCAAUUUAAGGUUAAAAGGAAGUUCCAGAAUGUUUUGUUUGUGUUUUUAUGAUAAUUCUAAUUAUUAUUUGUACUGAAAAAUCGUAUCAUCUUAUCCCAGGUUCGGGAAAUCUAAUGUCAGCAGUAUUAUAAUGUUAAUUUCAGACUUCUGUUUGCAUUGUGAAUUUUGAUGUGGUUUCAGUGACAGCUUCUUUUGUGCACCUUGGCAAAUAUACUGGGUACCUUUGCUCUGAAUAUUGACGUUUAUAAACAUCAAGUUCUGAUAGUGCUAAGGCAUUAUACACCCUUUAAAGCUUCUGUAUGUUAUUUCUGCAUUAAUGUAAUUGAAAAUAUAUUUUCCAAUUGGGUUCUGGAAAAAGCACUGAGUCCAAACCUAAUGUCAUUGAUUGACUAAGCUCAAACAAACAUCAACUUGCACAUUAAACUUGAAUUGGAGACUUUUUAAAUGAAAAAUUACCAAGUCAGUUCAUCAGAUAGAUUGAGAUUCUCAUUCAGCACAAAAUGUAUUCUGUUUUUGCCAGACAUCAGUUUUUUUCUACUAUCUAUCAGCUUUAUUUGACAUCUUUAAACUGAUGAACAAUAUGCUGUGCCACAAAGGCCUUUGGUGGAGGCCUUUCAGAAAGCAAGCCAAUCUGGAUUAUUUUGGACUGAGCUCAUUAAUUGGGCACAAAACCUCUCAAGACUGUGGUCAUGUAGCUCUUUAACUCUCCUUAAACCACCAUCAGCCUUGGUGUAGCUUCUGAAACCUCCUGUGCUCUUUUAGGCACAACACGUUUCAGAGUGAUUUGAGCUUUUCCCUCUGGAAGUAAAUAAUACACAUGCAUAUAUUGUAGCUCACAGUGUGAUGCUGUUGUCGUUUGGAAAACUUGAAAAAAAAAUGUAAAUGUGACUUUUGAUGGUGGAAUUUCCUUUUUAAGUUUGAUUAUAAUUAUUUAAUAAAGUAUUCAAAUGA